CAAUCAGUGAGACCCCUUCAGGGUACCGGUGGCGAUACUCUAAGCCCCCCGCCCGGAUCGAAGACCUAACUAGGGCUAGGGCCGGUUCGCCCACCAGCAGGCUGUUUGCCCCACCCCGGCACCCCGUGCGCACCCCUCCACCUCCCAAGGACAAACCACCACCAAGGACGACUUGCGGCCAUCCAGCCCCGACUUCCGAUCAAGACAGCCAUCCAUCAUGUCUCUCGUCGUACCCGAAGCCCACCAGCAAUUCCAGCACAUUCUUCGUCUCCUCAACACCAACGUUGAUGGCCGAAUCAAAAUCAUGUUCGCCCUCACCCAAAUUCGUGGUGUUGGUCGGCGGUUGGCAAACGUCGCCUGCAAGAAGGCUGAUGUCGAUUUGAACAAGCGGGCUGGAGAGUUGAACCCCGAUGAACUUGAACGAAUCGUCACGAUCAUCCAAAACCCCGCCCAAUUCAAAAUCCCCGCCUGGUUCCUCAACAGACAACGGGACAUCGUCGACGGUAAAUCUUACCAAGUCCUUUCCAACGGAUUGGACAGCAAGCUCCGUGAAGACUUGGAGCGACUGAAAAAGAUCCGGGCUCACCGUGGUUUGAGACAUUACUGGGGUUUGAGGGUCAGGGGUCAACACACCAAAACCACCGGACGACGUGGAAAGACCGUUGGUGUCUCCAAGAAGAAGUGAUCGACUCAUCGCGUAUGACUUGCGUUGCACUACUCGUGUCCUUGUACCGGGCCACCCACCAGGAUGCAAAGUAUUCACUGCAAUUUCAUUCUUGUGCCCACUCUCACAUCAACUGUUAGUUACAUGUGGGUUAAGACCCAACAGGCCACUCCCUCCAACCUUAUGCCAUGCAAAACUGUUAUUUUUACGUGCCCAUUCAUUACCUGAGAUUUUUCCUUUACCGGACCAGCUCUGGGUCUUUGCAAAUUCCUACCCCCAAAGCAGGGCGGGCGUCCUUGGGAGGUACCGUGUCCCUUCUCGUGGCCGCCCUUGUCACACACUGACCAGCCGGCAUUAGGUACCUGAAAGCAACAAGGAAUUCCUAUUGGCCGCUUGAAACUACUUACAUACUGUUAAUUCAUUGCAAGGCAGCUCCACAUGGCACUUC